ACUUUACUACGUACAAGGCAUUCAUUUGGUAUUGCAACUGAGAUACAAGACUGUAAAUCGUGUGCGAACCUAACCUGUUCAUCUAACAGGUAACUGAAACUGUUUUUUAACGUCUCGUAACCUUUUCAUGUUAAUAAAUAAGAUGAAUUUUCUCUCAAGGCGCGAGAAAACUCGCUAUCACCGCGGAAGCAAAUGUCUCGGCAGAUUCCCCCCUUCAAGAAAUAAAUUUUUAGGAAGACAGAUCUUGCUUUCUAAGGGUCGCAGUCAGGCGAUCCCACAAUUCCUGCAUCGAGGCAUUAUCAGAAAGAAAUAUUAAAUGAUACUAGAUAUGGGUGCAGACAAGCCGUAAUAUUAAACGAUGUAGAUAUGGGUGCAGACAAGCCGAGAAUAGGGACUUUAAGAUCCAACGACGCGACGGCGACAAGAACGUCGCUUAAAAAGUGAAUUUGCGUUCUUUCAGUCUCUAUAGCGAUUAUUCCUACCCACUUACUUUGGGUGUGUUCCUUUCGGUGAAUCCAAAAACGGAUUUUAGAUCUAAAAACGGAUUUCGCGUUCCUUUCGGCAAAUCCAAAUCCGGAUUUUUGAUCUGGUGAAUCCUUUUUGAAAAAGGAUUCACUGGAUUUGAAAUCCGAAGAAUCCAAAUCCAGAUUAACGGAUUAGUGAUCUACGCCGUUCCAUUCACAGUGGAUCCGAAAUUAGUCAGAUGAUCCAGCGGUAUUUUCAGUUGAAGUAUUCCCACGGAGGCCGUAGAGUUUCCUCGUUGCUUUCAUUUGCCGCAAAACAUCUGAAAACAUUAGAAGAUUGUUCCUGGUACAUUAAAAUAUCCAUAUACUAACCAUUUGUCUCUAAAGAUUGCUUGAAAUCAGAAAUAAGUAAAAGUAACAAAUGAACUGCUAUCUAACUACAAACUCGCUUGUAGACGCGACAGGCAUUCGAUCGUGCUACAUAAAAAAAAUCCGAGCUAUGGAACUGGAUCAAACUGGCCAACAUUCUUUAGAUAAUUUUCAAUUUUAAUGCUUCUUUCUUUGUCUGUUUUAUAUGUUCCAUCGUCGCUAUUCGAACUGCCGACCACUAAAUUCUGCACGGUAUAAUCGCAUAAUUUGUCAAACAGUAGAAAACACGUCAUUUAUUGAGAGGCUGUCGUGCAUAUUGCACGCGUUGGCGAAAGGUUACCAAGGUUACAAAUCCAAUUUCGGAUUUCACGUUCCUUUCGACCGAGAAAUCUGGCAAAUCUAGGAUCAAAAAUCCGUUUUUGGAUUCGCCGAAAGGAACACAGCCUUUGUCAAUUGUAGGCGAACCCUCCCGAAGCUGAAUUUCAAGGGACCAAAUUCAAGCUCAGAAAGAGAAAUAAAAUUUCGUCGUUGCUUGUUUACGUCCUCCAUAAAACGCGAAAUUAGGCAUUUUCACGUCGUAGUCGUGCAAAAACGGGAAGGAAAUAUACAAAAAAGUGUGAUGCACGUGCGAAGUUGUUGUUUUGCUUAUUAAACCUAUUGUUUUUUUGACGUUCUCGUUGUUGUCCGCGUCGUUGGAUCUUAAAGUCCCUAAUAACUUAACUUUAAGACUUCUAUUUCUUUAUUGUCCUAUUUUAUUUUAAAAUGCGAAUAGCAAAGCAUCUGUAACAUUCGCUCUUUGUCGGCCAUUUCCCGGAAUUCAUGGAUUCGAAGGGCCACGCAUCCAGCUUUAGUUCGCCGCGACCUCCAAAUAUGGUCAUGACGUUUCGGAUUCCGAGAAAACACAUCAAUAAGAAUGGACGCGCUUUUGCAACACAAAAAUUUGUGAUCACUGUGAUUUUGCCUUAUGGGCACUUUUUGCUGUCAGCAUCCACUGGAACCAAAAGGGAAUUUCUGUGUGUCGCGUCCAAAGACGUUGAAGGUGGCUCUCUAGAGUAAAUUGGUUAUGCGCAGCUUGAGCACUAGUAUGGCGUGAGCUUUAAAAUCCGCCCGACGUCCACGCAAAAUUAAAAUAAAACAAACAUGGCCUCUCAGUAGCGAAGUAUUCCCCCAAAAAACUUUAUUAACUUUCAUGAGAGGAGACAAUGUUACUCCGGUGACAAGUCACUAUCGAUCUCUGUAAGAGUAAAUUGUAUGUAUAAAUGAAGCAGAAAUUUUCCAAGGACAUCAAUUUCUUGGCUUCAAAAGUUGGCAAGCUGAACGUAAAAUACUCGAAGAAAAUACUCUAGGGAGCCACCUUAAGUCUAACAGCAGGGGUCUCCGUGUUUACUUGAGUCGCAGUAGUGGGACUCUCCUCCCCUAUUAUUAACCUACACGUAUAUGUAGGGUUGUGGAAGUGCCUCAUACUUGUUCAUAACCUGAUAACCAUACAGUGUUUAAGGUUACAAUCGAUAUGCAAAAAUUAGCGGUACAGUGUUAAUAAGAUCACGUAACCACCUAAUGGUAACACGUUUUCACUAAAUCAAUAAAUGAAUUUGAGGAAGGAAUAUAAUAAAAUUGUGGAGGAGGAGGAAAAUAAAAAAUGAAAAGGAGAGGGGUAAGUAAAACAUUGCUUGCAGUGUAAAAAAGAGCUAGUUUGCCUUUACCCUCUUUAAUAUACACGAUUUGCCCGCCAAAAAUCAGUGAACCGGAACAAGGACAAUCACAGCAGCAGGAAAUAGGAAGUGCAUAAUUACGUUACGUCUCAGUGAUUUUAAGUCACCAGUAUACUUAAUUAAAUCCACCACAUUUUAUUCAUGAGAUGAGGACAAUAGCCUAUGACGUCAUCGGCGUUAAUGUAUUCCUCCCCACGCUAAUGAGAAUCCUCCCCAAAAAAGAGGCCUAACCGGUCCCUCCUAUACUACUCUAGAAGCUCUAUUGAUAUAUACCAGAAAUACGUUAUUGCAUAACCUCACGAGGCUCGGUGGAGGGUGAACCUUAAAAUGUUAGGGAUGUAAGGAUGUAGGGAGAAAAAUAGAGUCAACUGUGUAACUGGGGAUGGCAGGUUUCAAGAGAGGUUCGAAGCUUAGAUAUACUCUAUCUUCUUUUGGUUGGAGCAAAUUCGAACCCAGUCCCCUGGCUUAAAAAGGAGGGGAUUAAUAAGAUCCUUGUAUACUGGUGAGUUAGAAGUUCUAUAUAUUACAGUUCAUCUAUUCUAAGUCAUUUUUAGACCACCAUAACAAGCAGGUGUUAAUAUUAUACAUCGCAGUUUUUGAUGAGUUAGAUCGGUUACGCUAGAGCAACGAAGUGAUGGUAUUUAUGAUUGAAGGAUUAAAUUAACUGCAAAAACCGUGGACGAAGAUCCAGCUAGUUGUAAACGUUGGAUCUCUAGAAAAGAGAUCUAAAGAAAAGAGAUUUAUGAUUGAACAUUAUAUCAAACAUUUUUGCAGAUGCGAAUAUACCUGGACAAAAAAUGGAAAUGGUUCAUUGUGACAGUUCUAUCUGUGGCAGCUGUGGCUAUGGUAGCCUCUUGGCGGAACUAUUCGCCGCAUUCUGAGUGAGAUAAAUUACUUUAAUAGACAAAAGUAACUGUUUGAUUUGAUAGUCACAGUAACAGUAACAGCAAGCAAUACAAUAUCAUCAUAAAAGGAAAGGAAGGGGAUCAUGAGGCGGUUUUUAUCACUUAAUUUAAAGAGAAGUAAAAAUGCGGUAAGUACCGCAGAAGACCUUUCAGACUUAAUAUGAGAAAAAGGUUUUUACAUGGAAUUGAACUUCAGAAAUGUUUUAUAACUACGAUUUUUAUUCAAAUGUGCCCAUUUACAUCCGAGAUUACUCAGGCAAAAUAAAUUUUAAAAGUUUAUUUUUUGCAUUGUAUCCUCUCAUUUAUGGUCUCUCCCUCGUUGAGUUUCUUUUCAACACACGUGAAUCAAUUUGUCUUGUAUCUGACAGAUCCAAACCUCGCGUAUCUCUUUCAAGAUUUUUAUCGUCGCAUGCAAAACCAAGAUUGCAGAGUGACGGCGAGCAAAUGACGUUUGACGUCGGUAAGUGACCGGUUUUAGUUUUCUUUUGUGGGCUAAGCAUUGAAAUUCGAGGGAAACAGGCACCGCUGGGGAAGGGUCAUAAAAAUUAUUUGUUUGUUUAGCUCGACAAAAACAGUAUACUAAGUAGAUUUCGAAAGGAGCUGUAGUUAUCCACAUUCGUAGGUGAACCCUUACCUUCUGACGUCAUAAUAUUUUUCAGUCUCAAAGGGCAGUUUAUUUUUUAAGUCGAUUCUGUAACUUAAAUCAGGUGUGAACGAAACCCUUUAUAACAACAACCUUAGAGAGAGCAAAAAACAAAGCCAUGUUACUUUCUCGCAAAAAUGAACCGCUGCAUCAGGGUCACUAUGCUACCCAAGUUCGUCCGACUCGAUGUAAGGCCCUUCUAUGGCUAAUACUGUGGAAGACUUAACUUAUUUUAUAACUGUUAAAAAUCUUUCCGAGGGAAGAAUUUGUGUUUGAAUGAUAUUUCCUUAGACUUUCUUUCUCUAUGAUUCUAGGGGUGGCAAUGGAUCCAGAAAUCCGAGACUGCAGUAGUGAAACCCAUUGGAAGAAGACGUUCUCUGAUCUAGACUACAGCCUUAUUGGUUAUGAUAUCCUAUUUGGUUAUCCAUUAGCCAACGGACGCGAUCCUGGAUUCAGGCAACCCAUAUUCACGGCUAAUUACUCCAAACCCAAACAGACAGCAGAUUGCCGUCACGUGAUCCCACAAGGCUUCACUGUGAUCCCCAGCGAAUCUUGUGUGGUAUCAUUUGAUUCGAAGUUAAUUCAUAAUAAACAGCAGAUGUCUAUACACCUUGGAGUACAAGCGAGCGUCAAAGGUUUGUGUGAUCUCCAUCCAGCUCAGAGUUUAACCCAUUCGCCCCGAAAGCGUACGUAAGCACCCUUGCGGAUCCACGUCCCUUGUACCGCUUGACACGUCAUCAGUUUAGACGGUCAAAGAUUCAGUACAAGGAGGUCCGAGAAAAAGGCAAAAAAAAUAUGUCACGCUGACCCGAAAAUACCCAUGAAAAUCUGGUUCUAGUGCCCACCUUGCAUCUAAUUCUAACUUCUAAGAGCUUCUCAAAAAACGUUUGCCAAUGAAAUCUAGCCUGCUAAUUGCCCAACAAAAGUGGAAACAAAAAACGAAGCAAGAAAAGCGAAAGAAGUGCGAAAAAGCGAAAAUCGCGAAAUUUUGCAUUCUGCGCAUGCCCGAACUUUGGAAGCUAAUCGUUUGCGCGAUCAGGAGGCCCUAUACUUUAUGACCUGUAAACGGCUGUUGGUAGCCAGACAGUGACCAGAAAACGGCUCGACUAGCUUCAAAACGCGUUUUUGGGCAAAAUUCCCCUUCUUGAAAUACAUGAAUUGGGUAAGAAAAAAACCUCUGGCUCCUAUAGGAUAAACAUGACCUUUUGGGAAAACAAACAUUCAAGCUAAAAAGGUCUAUUGGACACAACACUAAACUAAUCUCAUGAUGGCCAAUAACUUUUAAGGCCCAUAGCUACUAUUCCAAAAACACUUACGAAAAAAUACUUGCAUCUUCUUAUCUAGGCGGUGGUUUUGGAUAUGAAUUUUCCGCCAGUGCGGGCUUCAACACGGAUGCAGCUGAAAUGUCAAGCGGUGACUUCUUGUACAUCAUUUCCCAAGCCGUGUGUCAAAACUAUUAUAGCGUGAUUGACUUCACGAAUCCGCCACCCUUUGACCCCGGGUUUAUCAGCAAAGCGGAAACUCUGGCCGACCCGGAGAGUGGUGAUGAAGCAGUUCUAGAGUUUAUCAAAUACUAUGGUACUCACUUCAUGACUCAAGCAACGUACGGAGCAAAGUUUGUUCAACACCACAAGGUGAGCCAGACGACGUUUGAAUCCUUAAAGAGGAGCGAGUUUAGUGUUGAAGCCCAGGCGAAUUACGCAGGACUAAUCAGCGUCGGGGGAGGAAUUUCUUUGGACAGUGAUCAAAAGAAGGCCGCGUCUAACUUUUUGAAACAAGUACAGACCUCAACUUAUACAGUUGGAUCAACACCACCAAGCAACGGUGAUGCCAUGACAUGGGCAGCUUCUGUUAAACAGAACCCUGUUCCCAUGCAGUAUACACUUUCUCCCAUUGAUUUGUUAUUCACUGAACCGUUUGUAAAAAAGCUACCACCCGGCUUUGGCUACACCGCAGUGAGGCAAAAACUAAAGAACUCUUCACAGCUGUAUUGUCAAGCCCUGAAACAACAGGGAAUGGUACACUCAUGUGAGGACUACUUUCAACUUGAAACUCAGGGUGUGGACAUCUAUGAACCAGGUACUGCUCUGAUAUUAAUCACCUGUUCGGCUAGUCCCGCGGGAAACAGUUAUUUUUGUUUCCCGAGAGUGUCAAUGUUUCCCAAGGCGAAGCCAAGGAAAACAUUGAGAUUCGAGGGAAACAAAGUUAACUGUUUCCUGAGGGACCAGUCUUCAAGUGAUAUAAGCGGAAAUUCAUUAAACCUCGCUGUAACGGCGGUCGUCGGUCAACAUUCGCGGGUAACAGUGCACUGUUACCCUCUGACGUCAUAGAUUUUUGCAAUGUUUCCCGCUCAAAGAUUUGGGCGGGAAACAGUUUCAUUGUUAGAUGUCAUGUGACCUCGACGUAACCAACGAGAGCGCCCGCUGUUGGGAAAAAACUUCCAGCUAUAUAACAAUGGUGCUUAUGGAUCACCAGGGAUGCUACGAAGGGUCAGUUUGUGUGGGAUUGCUACGUCCCGAGGCCCAAACCCUUACCCUCAGUUAUAUACGAUUUUUGGCCAGAUUUUUCAUUCCCAGAAGAGACAGGAAACAAAGGACCCCCUGAACCAUGUUUUCAUGGCUACGGCGUCGACGUAUCACGUGACCAAGAUUUCCCUCUACUUUUCAUUUACUAUUCAUUAAUAUCUACACUUAUUUCCUGAUUUGAGACAUGUCAAUUGGGAUCUCACGUUCACCGUUUGUCCUAGACUUAAUUUUAAAGCUUUCUAACAACUGAGCGAUUUUUCUUUGGAGUAACCUCCCAAAAAAUAAUCGUCACGGAGGAGCGAUUGGGUAUGCCUUCUCAACCCUUUCAGUUUUCCUUUACGACGAGCAAUUCAAACAAAUGGCCUGAGGAUAAUGAUCGCAAACUUUUCUUGUUUUUACAGGGUACAGUUUUCUUCAAAACAUAGACUACUCCACGUGUCUGGCGUUCUGCCGUCAAGACGAGAACUGUACCUGUGUUGUAUAUAGCCAGCUAAAUCCUCCCUUCACAGGAUCAGUUUGCAGAUUUUUCAACAAAACGACCAAUCUGACUUUGAUAAAUCCCUCCAUUUACGACAUUCCAAGGCAAUCGAAUCUUAUCAUCCUAAAGAGAAGGCAAAAUGCUUAUUACCUAAAUGCUGACCUGGAGGGAAAACCGUUUUCCGUACGUGAGACAGAUCAAAACACAUGCAACUGGAGUUGUUCUAACAAACAAAGCGGAUUUGUCUUCUUUUGUGAUGCCUACAGCUACGUAUACGGCGAUGGUAAAAGAAGGUGCUCUCUGUAUUCAGAGAAAGACAUUACAAAUAUUACCUACACCAAAGGUUCAUACGUAAGGAUGUAGUCGAAACAGGAACGGAAAUAGACACGUAGCGAUUUGCG